UMAGAUAUUUGGUCCCGAGCUCUGUGUCAUACAGAUACAAACAGUGUUCCCUCUGAAAUACAGACGCCAUUGAAACUUCAAGAUGAAGUGCACAGGUUGUGGCCAUGUUGCGUUUGAGAAAACGGCUAGAUUCUGCAGCCAGUGUGGCCAUCAGCUAUCUGCACAACCAGUCACCAAGGAGCCUGACAACACACUGGAGAGUGUGAAUGAGAAGACAGAAAUGGAGAGUGAUGUGUCAACCCUGAAUAACCGGGAAACUAACACUUCUCCGAAGCGGCCCAAUGAAGAGCCCAACAGCAACCCUAAGAAAAAGAGAAAAAAGAGGAAGAGGACCAAGAAGAAGAAGGACGGCAGCCCUGCGUCAUUGGACUCUGACCAGCUGACCUCUGACCUGUCUGACAUCUCCCUUAUGGGCAGCCAUGCGAAUAACAGGAAACAGGAAGUUGCGGAGUCCUCCGACAGCGAUGCCAGCACCAUGGACGAGACACCCAACUCACUUCAUGACAUGUCUGCCUUAGUUGAMAAACCAGCCAGUGCAUCAGCAUCAUCAGCAGCACCCAGUACAGUCAGUCCAUCUGGGAACACGUCUGACAAUCAAGAUCCUCCAAGCACUGCCUCAUCACAGCCCGAGGCCAGCGCAGAGAGCCAGCCUGCCGCAGGGAAAUAUCAACAGAGCAGUGAAGAGAAAGACCUAUCUCAGUCACCUACAAAACAGACCUCCAAGUCGGCUCCGAAUGACACUCCUGCCUAUCUCACCGACUCGGCUGGCAAAUCCACCACCACCAUCCCUCUUCAGUCAGCCUCAGUGGUAUCGGCAAAGACCACUGACCAGAAAGCUCCAAAGGCUGCUGACGCGAAGACCGCUGACCAGGAAGCUCCAAAGGCUGCUGACGCGAAGACCGCUGACCAGGAAGCUCCAAAGGCUGGCUGA